AUGCCUGCACCAACCGAAUUCCUGCAAUUUGUCGACCAGAAUGCCGAUGCAUUCAUCCAGAGGCUUUCAGAUGCUGUCGCGAUUCCAAGUAUCAGCGGAGAUGCGUCCCAUCGCAAGGAUGUCUUCAAGAUGGCUGACUGGCUUAACGACCAACUGAAGGCAGUCGGCGUCGAGACUCAGCUCGUGGAUCUCGGAAAGCAUAUCAUGGACGAUGAGGAACUCCAGCUUCCUCCUGCAAUCCUUGGGAGGAUCGGUAACGACCCAAAGAAGAAGACUGUCCUUCUGUACGGGCAUUUCGACGUUCAACCCGCCAACAAAUCGGAUGGAUGGGACACCGACCCGUUCACAUUGGUGGUACAUCCUACCAAUGGCCAACUCAUCGGUCGCGGAUCAUCCGAUGACAAAGGUCCUAUCCUUGGUUGGCUCAACGUCCUCCAGUAUCAUUUCCAGACCGGCAAGGAGCUCCCAGUCAACCUCAAGAUGUGUUUCGAGGGGAUGGAGGAAAGCGGAAGCGAGGGACUCGACGAUCUAGUUAAGAGAGAAGGAUCCGGAAACGGGGGUUGGUUUGAUGGCGUCGAUUGUGUCUGCAUCUCAGAUAACUAUUGGUUGAACACGCGAACCCCCGCACUGACAUAUGGCCUGCGCGGACUAACAUACUUCAAGCUCACCGUCUCUGGCCCAAGCCGGGACCUCCACUCUGGUGUAUUCGGCAGGACCGUCCACGAGCCCAUGACCGACCUCAUCCACCUCAUGGGCCAGCUCGUCAGCCCCACUGGAAAGAUCCUCAUUCCCGGCGUAGACGAGAUGGUUCCCCCUCCCACAGAGGAGGAGAAAGCCAUCUACUCCGGCCUCGAUUAUUCCAUCCAGGAUAUCCAGGACGCCGCCGGCGCUGCUAUCGCACUUUCUGAUGACAAAGUGAAUGUGUUGAUGGGUCGCAUGCGUUACCCGUCUUUGUCUCUUCAUGGUAUUGAAGGUGCAUUCUCUGGUGUUGGUGCAAAGACCGUCAUUCCGGCCAAGGUCUCUGGGAAGUUCAGCAUCAGACUGGUUCCCCCUCAAACCCCUGACGCCGUGAACCCUCUGGUCAUCGCAUACCUCCAAUCUGAGUUCGCCAAGCUGAACAGCAAGAAUAAGCUUCACAUCGAGGAUCUACACGGUGGCAAGCCAUGGGUCGCCGAUCACAAGCACUGGAACUUCGAGGCCGCCAAGCGCGCUACGGAAGCCGUGUACAAACAGUCUCCUGAUCUCACUCGUGAAGGUGGUUCCAUUCCAGUUACGCUAACGUUUGCAGAGACACUAGGAGUGAACGUGCUGCUCCUCCCUAUGGGCAGGGGUGAUGACGGCGCUCACUCAACCAACGAGAAGCUGGAUCGAUCUAAUUUCAUCGAAGGGACCAAGCUGCUGGGGACAUACCUCUACGAACUGGCCUCCGUGUAA